GUCACACUGGGUCCCAAGCCCCUCCCCACCCGAAUUUAAUUUUGUAAAGUAAAUAAUAAUAAAUAAAUUAAGAUUUAAAAUGUUUGAGCCUGAAACGGAAGACAUGUUGCCGCGCUCAGCGCCCAGACCCAGUGCAUCGGCACCAGCGGGUCUUACCGAUCAAAUUGUGAGGCCAACAGUGCCGGAAGUUUCGAUAUUAUUCGGACAGCCUCCGUCGCAGCCGCAACCGCAGCCCGAACCGACGCCGCAACCAGCGGCAGAUCCGCGGCCCAGCUUCGCCUCCUGGAAGAAGCAAAUGCUGCCCCGAGUAAACUUUAGCCCGAUUCUGUCAACAGAACUUGGCCCGCGGCCGGUCCCAACCAGCAACAAUUUUCCGAGCAGCCCCAAUGAGUACUAUAUUACUCCUCGAGAGCGGCCUUACGGAUAUGAGGCGGCGCCGUCGAGUAAAUAUCAGACAUCCAGUCAGACCGGGGCAAGUUAUGCAGAGCCAGUGAGGCAGUACCAUCAGGUGAUGCGCCCACCCGCCCAGACAGCAACCAACGAUGUGCUCACGAUUUGUGCUGGAACGCAAACGGAAGCUGUACGUAUAUCGCCAUCUCAAACGUCGUUGCCGUCCGUUGUGUACUCGGACAUCAACAUAAGCAAUUUGGUCAAUAAGAAUGACCUUGCCAGAGUAGUUGAUCUUCUAGAGUCCAUGCAUCAGGAGCAGCAACAGCUAAGAAGCCUCUGCGAGUCGUUGCUGCAGAGCCAACAAGCGACUGCAGGUUCCAGCUCAAAGCCGUGCCGGACAGUUGCCUCACAGUGUGAUAUUUUAACGACUAGCAACACAAAGCGUAUGGCGCCUGUUAUUCAUGAUUACAUAGUGGAGGAGGAUGAGCCAUUGCCCGCACCACAUUCGCGAGGUCUCCCACAAUUCCAGUCGCCCCGGGCCACUCCGCCAAGAGCCCAGUCGACUGAAUACCGUGCCAACACACCCAAGACUACGCGAAUGCCAACCACGGGUGGUGUGGUGUCCAAGCCGAAUGCGGAGAAGAGCAUGGUCAUGAAGGAACUCGCACGGAAGUACUUACGACAGCCCGUCGACGAGCUGAUGCAAGAAAUGCGCUUGUCCCCGUCGCCUGCGGAUGUUACUUGCAUCCAGAAGUCCCCACAUGCGGAACCGCUUCGGCAGAUAGACAACUUAGUCCACACACAGAGCCCCAACGACAUGUCGAAUGCGUCUUACAAGUAUCUUAAAAAAUAUCGCCUGCUACCGGAAGAGCAAUUGGAGUACGGAGCUCAUGAAAACGUGCGAAACCCAUCGCCCUUCAAGGGUGGACAUGCGGCAUCUGGUUCCCCCCAGAUGCAGCUUGAUCUGGAUAAUAUUAGGAAUCAGCCAAAGCUUCUGUAAGCGGAAGAUCAACGCAAGUGUUAUGCAUGCACAUGCGUCCACAGCUUCGUAUUGAGUGGAAAUAUAAUUCAUUACACAUAUGAAAUAUACCAGACAGAAUCCAAGAAUACAUUAACGAAGGGCGAAAACAGAAA